AUGGGUGUUGCGCAUCGUGAAUCCCAACACGGCUCUAGAGUCUUUCUAUUUGGGUCAGAAACUUCGUUACUCGCCAGCGGCUUGCCCCAGAAGCUGUGCAACCAACUCCACGAGGCAUCCAGCUAUGAAUGGAUUCUGGAGGCUGUAGAUGGUCUCCCCACACUGUGGGCCGCUGCUGUCAAGGUUGUGCCUGAAUUGCAACAGUCCAACGUCGAAGGGCACCUAGAGGCUCUACGUACAAGUCUGAAAACCGGAGUCUUUUCCGGAGCUCUGUUCCCGGCCCCCAAUGUGAUACUGAUCCCACUAUCAAUCAUUGUCCACCUGACACAAUACUCUGAAUACUUGAGAGCGACCCUGCCCGGCUUGGCUGAUACAGAUCAGUUGCCUUCUUCUUUCACAGACGAAUCGGAGACUCUGGGGUUAAGUACCGGUUUACUGAGCGCUAUCGCUGUCUCCUGUUCGAGAAGCUUGGCUGAGCUUCACCAGCAUGGAGCCGUGGCCGUAGGACUUGGGAUGCUUAUUGGAGCACUGGUUGACGCCCAAGAGCUUUCAGCUGGCCAAGACGGAGGAUCAAUGACACUUUCAGUCGACUUGAGUAGUCAGGAGCCUGUUUUGGGGUUGAACAAUGUGCUCGAACAAUUUCCAGAGACAUACAAUUCCAUUAUCCUGAGCGAUGAUGAGUCACUAUUGGUGACUCCAAAACACACUGGUCAAGUCCUCAUCGAACAGCUCAAGGCAGCUGGUAUUCGAGUUCGCAAAACGACGCAAUCUGGGAGGCUUCAUUGGCCAGGGAAUCAUGAGGUUGCCAGAGCUGUUGUUGAAAUAUGCGAUCGAAAUCCUAAGCUACAGUUCAUUGGUCCAAAAGAGAUGGCCAUGCCCGUUAGACUGGACUCUGGGGGCCAUUAUAUCUCUAAUGGCACUCUCCAUGAUAUUGCAGUCCAGCAUAUCUUGCUCAAAAAGUCUGAAUGGCCGAAGACAUUUGGCCUUCUUGAUUUAUCCCUCCAGGCGGAGAUCAACACCUCGAUUAUCCACUUUGGAAAAGACCAUUGCAUCCCAUAUGCCUUGGCGAAAAAGUUGGGGUCUCGGUUGAUUCAAAUCACAGAUGUUGACUUGUCGGCUCCCAAAAUUCAGAAGGCGCCAAGUGAUGGCUCUGAACCGAUCCUGCAUAAUUUACCUGAUGAUCGCAUCGCAGUUAUUGGAAUGGCAUGCCACGUUCCGGGGGCUGAGGAUCUCCAAGAAUAUUGGGAUAUAAUCUCACGCGGUUUAUCGCAACACCGUGAAGUCCCGUCUGACCGCUUCAACAUGCAGACUCCCUUCAGAGAGUCCGACCCUAAUCGCAAAUGGUAUGGAAACUUUCUGCAAAACUAUGACGCGUUCGACCAUAAGUUUUUCAAGAAGAGCCCACGAGAAAUGGCCUCCACGGAUCCCCAACACCGGUUAAUCUUGAAACUGGCGUACCAAGCUGUCGAACAGUCAGGAUAUUUUGGGGUUCCUGAUUUUGAUAAACACAUCGGAUGUUACGUUGGUGUCGGGAACAACGACUAUGACAGGAACAUUUCCUGCUAUCCGGCGAACGCCUAUACUGCUACGGGCAACCUGAAAAGCUUCAUUGCUGGCAAAGUCAGCCACUACUUUGGUUGGACCGGCCCCAGUUUGACCGUGGACUCUGCUUGUUCAUCCUCGGGUGUGGCAGUCCAUCAGGCUUGCCGCGCCAUUCUCAAUGGUGAGUGCACAAGUGCACUUGCAGGUGGGGUGAAUGUCUUCACCAACCCGGAAUGGUUUCAUAACCUGGCCGGCGCCUACUUCUUGAGCCCUACUGGCCAGUGCAAACCUUUCGAUGCUUCCAGCGAUGGAUACUGCAGAGGAGAAGGUGCCGGGGUGGUCUUCCUCAAGAAACUCUCCUCGGCUGUCUCCGACGGUGACCAGAUUCUUGGUGUGAUAGCCAGCACCGGAGCAUACCAAAAUCAAAAUUGCACCACCAUCACAGCACCGAGCGCUACAUCACUGGCAGAGUUGUUCAAAGAUGUUGUUCGCCAAGCUAAGCUCGAGCCAAGCGCCAUAUCCGUCGUCGAAGCGCACGGAACAGGGACUCCGGUUGGUGACCCAGCUGAAUACGAUGGGGUUAGGAGAGUUCUGGGUGGUUCGAUUCGCUCCGACACACUCUCUUUGACAGCUGUGAAAGGCAUAUUGGGACAUACGGAGUUUGCUUCCGGCAUAUUGUCUCUGUUGAAAGUGCUUCUCAUGGUGAAUGAAGGUUACGUUCCACCUCAGCCUGGCUUCAACACCAUCAACCCGCUGCUCAACGCGCGAGCUGAGGAUCUGAUAGAAAUACCAAAGGCUCUCAAAACAUGGGAUGUUAGCUUCCGUGCCGCUCUGGUGAACAACUACGGUGCUUCUGGCUCCAACGUUUCUAUGGUAGUCACAGAAGCACCAAAUUGGCCUCGUCGGAUAUCGCCCAAAAGCUCUGUCCAAAUUACCAGCGCUGGCAAUAGCUUCCCAUUCUGGCUUUCCGGAUCAGAUACGCAGAGCCUUCGGUCAUACAGUACGAAGCUCAGAUACUUCCUACAGAAGAAUGCCAACUCACCGAAGCUUUUGAGCUUGGCCAAUUUGUCUUUCCAGCUCUCACGGCAAUCGAAUCGCUCCCUUCCACAGGCUUUAGUAUUCAAAGCCACAUCUGUGGCCGACUUGGAACAGAAACUCAUAUCAUUCGAGAAUGGAGACAAUAGCAUCGCAGCAAAUCCGCGCCCCUCUGCGCGACCAGUGAUUUUGUGCUUUGGUGGUCAAAUCUCAUCAUUUAUCGGCCUUGGCCAAGAGCUUUACCAUCGUGUAGGCGUCUUGAGAAGUCAUCUGGACCACUGCGACGCAAUGUGCCAGUCACUUGGUUUCGGAAGUAUAUACCCAUGGAUCUUCCAAAAGUCUGCCAUCGAUGACAUUACCAAGCUUCAAACUGCCCUAUUCGCAACGCAGUACUCAUGUGCAAUGGCAUGGAUUGAUUCUGGGGUUGAGGUCGCCGCCGUGGUUGGUCACAGUUUCGGUGAAUUGACGGCCUUAUGCAUUGCUGGAGUGUACUCUCUAAAAGAUGCCCUCGGAGUGAUUGCUGGGCGUGCGACACUCAUUCGGGAUGGCUGGGGCCCCGACAAAGGGGCCAUGCUAGCCGUAGAGUCCGAUCUUGCUGAUGUGGAAGCUUUGAUCUCCAAGGCAAAUGUGAAUUUCCAAGAGACUGGAAGUGUUUCUAUUGCAUGCUAUAAUGGUCCCAGGUCCUUUACUCUUGCUGGUACCACGGACAUUGUCAACUUCACCGAAGACCUUGCGAAAAGUGACCCAGCCUUCUCUGGAUUCAGAAUGAAAAGGCUCAAUGUCACACAUGCCUUUCACUCAGCCGCAGUCGAUCCAUUGAUGGGUGAUCUUAAGACCAUAGGCCGAGGCAUCACUUUCCGACAACCAACAAUCGCAGUCGAGCGAUCGACUGAGACUGGAGCUUUUGCAAAAUUCGACUCCGAAUUCCUAGCUCGACACAUGAGGGAUCCGGUUUACUUUGACCACGCUGUCCACAGGUUGGCCAAGGAACGCCCAAGCGCCAUUUGGCUCGAGGCUGGGUCAAACUCUACGAUCACGACAAUGGCGAGUCGUGCGCUGGGGAAGGCUGCUUCUUCGCAUCAUUUCCAAUCUAUCAACAUCACUUCUGAAGGAUCACUUUCGUUGCUUGCUGACGCUACAGCCAGUCUUUGGAAAGCCGGCUUGAACGUGACUUUCUGGGCACAUCACUCCAAGCAAGUCUCUGACUACACACCACUUCUACUACCCCCAUAUCAGUUCGAGCAAUCUAGGCACUGGCUAGAUCUGAAAGAAGUUCCUCAGCUUGAGGUUCCCGUUACUGAGCUGGUGAUGCCAGAUGAAACUCCCAAAACCCUCACAGUCUUCCUCGGUAACCAGGAUCAGUCGUCUUCGUCUGCUCGAUUCCGAGUCAACACAGCGCAUGAGAAGUUUGAGAUCCCGACCAAGGCGUAUAACCUGGCCGAUCUUGGCGCAGUAACCCCAGGGUCAUCCCAAUUAGAAUUUGUUCUGGACGCUUUGAGCAAUUUAAGACCAGACUACAAAGACAUCGGCCUCCAACCUGAAAUCCGCGGGAUACUUUACCACAAUAUCCUGGUUCACGACGCAUCUCUGAUCCUAUAUAUCGAUAUUACUGCCAAGGAUCAUGAGGGCCUAACUUGGGACUGGGUACUUCAUGGGACAGGCACUUCAGGCGCUACUACAGAUUACAGCUCGGGCACGGUCAUGUUCCGACUUGCCAACGAUCAUCAGUUGCAAGAUCACUAUGCUAGUCUUACGCGGCUUAGUGGCAGAAAACAAUGUUUGCGUCUUUUGCAGGGUAAUGAUGCAGACGAUGUUCUGCAGGGCCCGAACAUCUACCGAGCUUUCAAGCAAGUCAUCAACUAUCAAGACCCACUGCGACUCGUCACCAAGAUUUCUGGAAAAGACAACGAAACCGCGGGCCGAGUCACUGCAGUUCAAAAUGAGGGACCAUGGAUCAAUUCGAUUCUCACGGAGUCUUUGUUUCAAGUCCCCAGCAUAUCCAUCAACCUCAUGGGUCACACCUCCGAACCAUCCGAGACCGGCAUAUUCAUCUGCGACAAGAUCUCCCAAUGGUUGCGUAGUCCAACCAGUAGUGAGACAAGACCGCUACCAGAGGUAUGGGAAGUGUUUGCUGUGCAGCACCAACAGUCUGAAUCGAGAUAUGUCAGCGAUAUAUUCGCGUUCAAUCCUCGUGAUGGAUCAUUAGUCGAGGUGCUGCUGGGUGCUUCCUUCCAAAGGAUGUCCUUCCCAACAAUCCGCAGUAUCUUGACCGGGGAUGUACAAUCAGGCGUUCAAUCAUCCUUCGCAGGCGUUACACCAGACUCGACCCAUAUCUCCGCUAUUCCGUCGCCCAAGAUUGUACCCUUACCCAUCAUUACCCCCUCUGCAGCACCCCAAGAGAGGAAAAUUGCACCCAGAGUUUCAAAGCCACCCGGGCCAGACGUCACCACAAAGACACGUGAGAUGGUAUGCAAUCUCUCAGGGCUGGAACCCGAAGAAAUCAAAGAUGACUCUGACCUCGUUGAACUCGGCAUUGAUUCUCUGAUGGCUAUGGAGCUUGUGCGAGAGGUCGAGGCUGCUUUCAAGUGCACCCUUGAAAAUGACCAGCUCAUGGAGCUGACGGACUUCAAUAGUCUGGUGUUAUGCAUUCGGUCUACCCUCGGCCUAGCUGCAGAGGAGGGGCCGGAAGAGCGGAUUGAAGUUGUUGCCAAAACUAGCGGAACGGCUCCUGGCAUAUCUAGCGUACCUGGCGCCAGUAUCACCCCAAACUCGACGAAAUUAGAUCGGCCAAAUGGGGCUGAGGAGAAAAUGAACGCUAACGGUAACGGAAGCGCCUGGGACCCAACAACUAUACGUAGUGUUUUUGAAGAGAUCAAGUGGGCAACCGACGAUUCAAUCAUCGAAGGGCAACUGAACAACUAUAGCAACGAUGUCAUCCCUCGAUCCACAGAAAUCUGUGUCGCUUACAUUGUCGACGGAUUUGAGAAGCUUGGCUGCUCGAUCCGAUCAGCCUCCCCAGGACAACAACUUGAGCGUGUUCAGUACUUGCCAAAGCACGAACGCUAUAUGAAAUUGAUGUAUGAUCUACUUGAGCGCGAUGCUCGGUUGAUUGACAUCGAUGGCUCCACUAUCACGCGCACAUCCGUUCCAGCACCACCGAGGUCUGUGGAAACGUUGGUUCAGGAGUUGCUGCAAGCCGAACCGGUUCACGCAGCUGAGCACCAGCUAACAGCAAUCGUCGGGCCAAAGUUCGCAGAUCUCAUCACGGGAAAGGAGGAUGGUGUCCAGGUGAUAUUUGGCUUGCCUGAAAGCAAGCAGAUUGCCUCUGAUAUGUACUCCAAAUCCCCGGUGAACACGGCAUGGAUCAAACAGAUUGGCGGCUUCAUCCAACAACUCCUUGAAAACCGCCCGAAGAACGGCGAACCAAUCAGGAUCUUUGAGAUUGGCGCAGGUACCGGAGGCACGACUUCCAGAAUGGUGCCUAUACUGCAUGCCUUGGGAGUUCCGGUCAUAUACACCAUGACAGACAUAUCUGGAUCCAUGAUCGCAACCGCUCGUAGAAGGUUCAAGCAAUAUCCCUUCAUGGAGUUCAAGGUCCACGACAUCGAGUCUGAGCCCGAUCCCAAACUUUUGCAAAGCCAGCAUAUUAUCUUGGCCACGAACUGCGUGCAUGCGACGCGGAACCUUUCCAUCUCAUUACGGAACCUCCACCGCAUAUUGAGACCUGACGGGUUCCUCAUGCUGCUCGAGAUGACAGAACAGGUUCCAUGGGUUGACUUCAGCUUUGGACUGCUGGAAGGCUGGUGGCUCUUCGAAGAUGGGCGAGAUUACGUGCUCCAGCCUGCUACGUAUUGGGAGAAGAUACUACAGUCAGUGGGCUAUGGUCAUAUUGACUGGACAGACGGGGAGCUGCCGGAAGCUAAGCUUCAGCGUCUGAUAAUCGCUUACGCUUCUGGACCCAGGUACGAUCAUGCGCCAAAGCCUCUCUCUCCACCCGUUGCUUCUCAGAUGGAACUUCCUGACACAACUGAACGGCAGGCGGUAAUGGAUACAUAUGUCCACAAAUACACGAAGGAUUUCGAACCAGAGGAGUGCAGUACAAUGUCUGGGAGCUCACCAACCCCCAAAAAGUGUGUCAUAGUUACUGGCGCGACUGGCAGCCUUGGGGGUCACAUUGUCUCCUAUCUAGCCCAAUGCCCGGAGAUUCACCAGGUGGUCUGCCUGAACCGAUUAAGUAGCUCCGAAGCAACUUUGCGACAGAAACAGGCACUCGAAAUGAGAGGGAUUAACCUUGAUGCGUCGUCAAUGGCCAAGCUCAAGGUGAUUGAGACCGACACAAGCAAGCCGUUGCUAGGCCUUUCUCAGGCGACGUACCGCUCUCUAGUGGACACUGCCACGCAUAUUGUACACAGCGCUUGGCCGAUGAGCUUGACACGCCCAAUCCGUACCUACGAGAUCCAGUUCAAGAUUGUGCGGAACCUGAUCAAUCUUGCCAGCGAAGUUACGGCUCAUCGCCCUACCCCAUUCAAAUUUGGGUUUCAAUUCAUCUCGUCCAGUGCCGUGGUUGCCAACUACCCACAAUGGACUGGAAAGCCGCUGGUUCCAGAGGAGACCAUGACGAUAGAGUCCAUUCCCGCAGGUGGUUAUGCCGAAGCCAAGGCCGUUUCGGAGCAAAUCCUAGCCAAAACGCUAUACCAAUAUCCAGAUCGCUUCCAUGUAAGCGCAGUACGUAUCGCGCAGAUCUCGGGGUCGAAUAGCAACGGAUACUGGAACCCAACGGAAUAUAUGCCUUUCUUGAUCAGGUCUUCUCAGGUACUCAAGAUCCUGCCGGACCUGAAUGGCACUCUUUCCUGGUAUCCUGUUGAUGCCGUGGCUGCAACUCUUGGUGACCUCCUAUUAUCAAACAAGACAGAGGACCUCAUCUACCAUAUCGACAAUCCUUCAAGGCAAAACUGGCGAGAUAUGAUGUCGACUAUAGCUCACGGGCUAGGGCUCGGAACAGGGCCAGACACCCUCGUGCCCUUUAGAGAGUGGGUAGAUCGAGUACGUCAGUUCAAGGGGACGACAGCUCAGAACCCGGCGCUGCAAUUGAUUGACUUUUUCGAUCACUAUUUUCUUCCAAUGUCUUGUGGCGGGUUGGUAUUGGAUACGACCAAGUCGAGCAGGCAUUCGAAGACGCUCACGGCACAGGGCCCGGUCAGCGAAGAUCUGAUCUUGAAGUACAUCGAUUGCUGGAAGCAGUCCGGGUUUCUAGACUAA